AUGAAGCCGCAAGACAAUGCAAUGACAUCUAGAAAAGCGACGAGGUUACGAUUUUUGGAGCAAGAAAGUGAUCAUCUUUUUGCUUAUAAAAUUGAUCUAGAAAAAGUUCUAACGAAAACUAAAGAAGUUCUCAACGAUUUACUCUCAGCCAAAGUGUAUUCUUCAAGCCAACAGCUUGAUGGCUCAUGUGAAGAUACAGCUUCAACGUCAAAUAUUUUGUUCAAAAGUGUAGAAGUCACUGCAGCUGAAAAUAUGGAAUUGUUUAAUUCAAUAUGCAAAGCCCACUACGCAAGAGACACAAUUGAUGCCAAAGUCCUUAUUUCUCAACAGAUUACAGAAGAAUACUCUAGAAAAGAAGAAGAAAUUUUAGGAGAACUUGAUGAACAAAUAAAUGAUCUAAAGUAUUUAUUGGAAAAAAAAGUAAAUAGAAUUAAUUUACUUAACUCGAAAGUAAAAGACAUGGAAGACCACCAAGCAAAAUUAAACAGCGAAUGCACUUUGCUUUUGCCACUUAAUAGUGAUAGCCUGAAGGUUCACGUACAAAUGGAAUACCUUAAAGAGAAACUUUUAAAAAGAUUAAAAGAACUUCAGUUCUGCGAAAUGCAAAAAGAUGAGCUAAAAGUACAUGCUGCAGGUUUAGAAGAAAAAAUAAGAAAAUAUUUAUUGCUGGUAAAAAAUCCGUUGCUGAAGAAAAAGAAAUAUAUAAAUGCACAAGAAAACAGUCAAGAAAACAUUAUUGUGGAUUCAUUGAAUGCGUCUAAUUCAUGUGAAGCUAUUUUUCCAGAUAAUUUUUUAAUUGAAGCAGAAAAAGGCAUAAUUCCAAAUUUGGAUUAUGGAUCUUUACACCAGAAAGAUAAAGUCUCUAUUAUAGACAUCAAUAGUGGAAAAUCUCGGAUUAGAGAGAAAGUUAAAGAAAUGCAAGCUAUGUGUAGUAAAAAAUCAGAAGAUUUAAAUAAUUUAAGACAACUCGUGAGAGAUCAAGACGCUAAUAUAAAAAAUCUUGUAUCGCAAAUUAAGUUUUUGACAGAGGAAAGUUCUGAACAAGAAAAUGUGAAUAAUCAGCGAAAGAGAAAGAAAGCUAUGAGUAAUCCAUUGGAGUAUCUUACUCCCCCCCCCCCUCCGUGAGCGAACAAAACCAUUAGAAAAAUCGCCAUUUUUUGACCAAAAACCCACCCUCCGUGAGUGAACAAAAAUUUUUUUAAUAGAAAAAAUUUUAAUGGAAAAAAAAUUUUGAUAUAUAAGUGAUAAUUAGUAUAAUGAAAUCUAGAGCUAAUUCUGUUUAAUUUUAAACAAAUUGCGUUUUAAAACAUAAAUUUUGCAAAUUAAAUUAAUAUUUGCUUCCCAAUUUUUGCAAAUUAGGAUUUUUUUAAAUUUCGAAAAAAAUAUUUUUAUAAAAUUUAUAUAUAAAUUUUUUUUUAAAAAAAAAAUUAACCCCCCUCCGUGAGCGAACAAAAUUUUUUUGUUCGCUCACGGAGGGGGGAGGGGGAGUUAGUGGGAAUAAUGAAGAAAUCCAAAAUAAGAUUAAAGAGAUGCCGAAGAUACAAAUAUAUGAGGCGGAAAAUAUUGAAGAUAUGGAUGAAGAAGAGGAUUAUUAUCCAAAUGAAUUAGUUAGUUUUAUCGCGAGUGAUGUAGCUAAGUGUGAGUUUGAAGAGCCUGAUAGUUUACUGGUUGGCUAUAUUAAUGAAAUCCAUUAA